CUGACACCUAUGGAGCCGCCAUUUGAGACUCUCCUCGUGCUCUUCCCUUAGUUGAAAAUCAUGAACUUUCAUUCAAUUACCUUCAUUAAAUCAUUAUUUUUCUAGUGUCUAUCAUUUUCCUAGUGGAAAGUGAAAUUUAACAAUCAUACCGUUGAAAAACUUGAAAAUCCAAGCCAACAUUUGCGGUGAACUGUUGUUUUGAAACCCACGAGAAACUGGGUUUUCAUUUCUUUAAGCUUAAAAGAAAUUCUGGGUUGUUUUUUAUUGGCCAUUUUGAGUAUAGAAAAACAUGGCAAAGUUUGAAAAUUCGUCAUCAAUGGCGGUUUCUCUCAUUGAAGCAUUUCAACAGACAGAUGGUGUACAAUCGAAGAAGAAAAGAAAUCUCCCUGGAAUGCCAGAUCCUGAAGCUGAGGUAAUAUCACUAUCACCAAAAUCCUUACUAGCCACCAACCGUUUCAUUUGCGAGAUUUGCAACAAAGGCUUUCAACGUGACCAAAACCUUCAACUCCACCGCCGUGGACAUAACUUACCGUGGAAGCUCCGGCAAAGAACCGACGGCAACGAAACACGAAAGAAACGGGUCUACGUUUGCCCAGAAACGAGCUGCGUACACCAUAACGCGGCUCGCGCCUUGGGCGAUCUUACCGGCAUAAAGAAACACUAUUGCAGAAAGCACUGCGAGAAGAAAUGGAGGUGCGAGCGGUGCUCUAAAACGUACGCCGUUAAGUCCGAUUGGACGGCCCAUUUAAAGAGUUGUGGCACCAAAGAAUAUAAAUGCAAUUGUGGCACUGUUUUUUCGAGGAGGGAUAGUUUCUAUACGCAUAGAGCAUUUUGUGAUGCGUUGGCUGAGGAAAACGCCAGGGCUCAAGCGGCGACUUUUUCACCGCCGCCGUUAACACAGUCGACUACGACUAUGGUUUCGCCGGGAUUGUCAACUCAGAGUUCAGAAAUGCUUGAAAUUCCAAUGGGACUUUCACCACCAGAUCCACCACCGCCAACCACCAGCAUCUCUGCUUCAAACGGCGACGUUUUAGUUACCAUAUUUGCAUCAACACCACCCUUAGAGACCACAUCUCUUUCUCUUUCCUCCCCUCUCUACCUCUCCAACAAUAGCUCCUCCUCCAUCUUCACUGCACCGUCACUUCAACCAGCCAUGUCCGCCACCGCGUUGCUACAGAAGGCAGCCCAAAUGGGUGCGGCGGCGACAUCGAGCCCUUCACUACUUCGUGGUCUAAGCUUUGCAGUACCAUCAUCAUCAUCGACAACACCCUCUACGGGACACAAGCCUACGUCGACGCUUGAUCUUCUAGGGCUUGGCAUUUGCGGAGGCGGAGGCGGAGGCCGCGGUGGAACUUCAAAUGGAUUAUCUGCUUUGUUCACUCAAUUUGGAGGAGGCUUCAAUGGUGAACCAGCUGCUACGACGUCGUAUGGUGCACCCAAUAGCUCAUCGUUGCUUUAGAGGUACAAUUUUAAUUUUUAAAAAAUUUCGGAGAUCCGUACAGUUUCAAUAUCGGUUUGUAUUAAUAUGCAUUCUACAAAAUUUUGAUAUUUUAAAUUAAUUUUAAUAUAUUUUUUGUUCUUUA